AUGGCCCACCAUUUGCAAGCGAAGAGUUCUCUAAAUAUUGCACAUCAAAAAAUAUUCGAUUGGUGCGAACCAUCCCAUACUGGCCUCAAAUGAACGGGCUGGUAGAGCGCCAGAAUCAAGGGAUACUCAGAGCACUGCGUAUAGCGAAAGCCACGAACUCAGACUGGAGGAAGGCUGUGAAAAACUAUGUCCACAUGUAUAACACAUCCCCGAAUUCGAUGACCGGAAAAGCGCCUAUGGAAUUGAUGACAGGUCGCCCGGUGAAAGAUCUUUUGCCCUCGCUGAGGACCGACCCAAGCUGGCGUUGUGAAGACGGAGUUCGAGAAAGCGAUGCAAUCAAGAAAUUGAAAGGCAAAAUUGAUGCUGAUCAACGUCGACACGCAGUAGCUUCGGAUAUAAAAGUAGGAGAUAUUGUUCUUCUUCGAAAUUACGAUUCGGGAAAACUGGAACCUAAAUUUACAUUGAAAAGGUUCACAGUUGUGGAAAGAAAAGGAAACGACACCAUCGUUGUGAACGAAGAAGGCUUAUCCCUCCGUCGAUGUGUUACACACUUGAAAAAGUUGCCAUUACAAGGCGAACCCAAGGAGGCACUAACCACUGACAACCCGUUAGAACCAACUUCGACACCAACACUGUCUAAUUCUAAUACACCUUUACAAUCCCCUACAGGUACAAACCAUCAUCAGAAGGAUCUGUCAGCUGAUAGCACACCACUCAAGCUCCAUGAAUAUAAGCGCAAGUCCUCCAUCGAUAAGCAAGAAGAGUCUGUGAAACGACCCGCUCGCAUACGGAAGAUACCACGUCGAUACGUAGAACAUUGAUCAACCUGAGACUCACAUGUAAUUUUUUUUGUAUCCUUCCUUUUAAACAUCAGUUCCUUAUCUCGGAGUAGGACAGGGAUGUAGAGAAGUACGGGAGAGGUAUUUGAA